GCCUGCACUCACCGUUUCCUCUUCAUCAACCUAAUAUUCAAAUUGUAUUCAUGUGUUUAUGUGAAAUAGAGCUACAAGCAGCUACUGUAGCAACAGUGAAUUAACAUCCAGAAGCUGAAGUUAACAUCCAGACAUUGAUGAGAUGACAAUGAGGAUGAUUGACCCCCGAGGGUGUGAUCGGUCGUUUUUUAGCCGAUAUGUCUGCCACUGAAUAUGGAAACAUGAAGACGGAAGAUGUUUACAGGCCAAACAGAAUGGCUGUAGAUGGCGGACACAGGAACAGUGGUUGCGACUGGGACGGCCGGUGGAAUCACGUGAGGAAGUUUUUGGAGCGACCCGGUCCAUUCACCCAUCCGGACUUUGAGCCGAGCACCGAGUCUCUCCAGUUCCUGUUGGAGACGUGUAAGAUCCUGGUCAUCGGCGCCGGAGGACUCGGAUGUGAACUCCUGAAGAAUCUGGCUCUGUCGGGGUUUCGCCUCAUUCAUGUGGUCGACAUGGACACGAUCGAUGUGUCCAACCUCAACAGGCAGUUUCUGUUCAGGCCCAAAGACGUCGGACGGCCGAAGGCAGAAGUGGCCGCCGACUUCAUCAACACUCGUAUCCCAGGAUGCAAAGUCGUCCCUCACUUUAAAAAGAUCCAAGACUUUGACGACUCGUUCUAUAGGCAGUUCCACAUCAUCGUCUGUGGCCUGGACUCCAUCAUCGCCCGACGCUGGAUGAACGGGAUGCUGAUCUCCCUCCUGAGUUACGAAGACGGCGUCCUGGAUCCCAGCUCCAUCAUCCCGCUCAUCGACGGAGGGACGGAGGGUUUUAAAGGAAACGCCCGGGUCAUCCUGCCCGGCAUGACGGCCUGCAUCGACUGCACGCUGGAGCUGUACCCGCCUCAGAUUAAUUUCCCCAUGUGCACCAUUGCGUCAAUGCCCAGGCUUCCAGAACACUGCAUCGAAUAUGCCAGAAUCUUACAGUGGCCAAAAGAAAAUCCGUUUGGAGACAUCAGCUUAGACGGGGACAACCCCGACCACAUCCAGUGGGUGUUCGACAGAUCCCAGGAACGAGCUGCGGAGUUCAGCAUCACAGGCGUCACGUACAGACUCACUCAAGGGGUCGUGAAGAGGAUCAUUCCCGCCGUGGCGUCGACCAACGCCGUUAUUGCUGCUUCCUGCGCCAUGGAAGUUUUUAAAAUCGCCACAAGUGCAUAUAUCCCUUUAAAUAAUUACCUGGUCUUCAACGAUGUGGACGGACUGUACACCUACACGUUUGAGGCUGAGCGAAAGGAGAAUUGUUCGGCGUGUAGUCAGGUGCCUCAGGACCUCCAGUUCCCUCCGUCUGCCAAGCUGCAGGAGGUGUUGGAGUACCUGACGGAGAACGCUUCCCUACAGAUGAAAUCUCCGGCCAUCACCACGACUCUGGAAGGAAAGAACAAGACUCUGUAUCUGCAGUCCGUUAAAUCCAUCGAGGAGCGAACAAGGCCGAACCUCUGCAAGACGUUGAAAGAGCUGGGCUUGUCGGACGGACAGGAACUGGCCGUGGCAGACGUCACCACACCGCAGACGGUUCUGUUCAAGCUCAACUUCACCACCUGACCUCUCUGUGAUGUCACACAAACUGGGCACGGCCUCGUCACCGGGUCACUGCGAUGACGCGGCUGCACCUUCGAUAUCUAUGUAAAUGAGUCACAGUUUCACUGUACGAACAGGAAGUCAGUUAACAUUGUUGUUGUUUUUUUUGUAUUUUUGUUAUAUUGUUUACUUCUUUGUGUAUUUGACUGAUGUUGUUGCUAUUUAACCGUACGUCAGACGAGAAGAACGACGUGCGAUUUGCUCUAAUAAAGUUUUAUUAUCAUCA